AUGUACCAGUAUCGCGCUGUAGCUUCCAAGAGCCUACAGGAGGUUGAUGACGGAGCUACGUAUCAAAUUGAUACGUCUCAGAUCAAGUCUGAUAUUCGCCUACGAGACUUAUGGGCUGAAAUUAGUGCAAGCUCACCUUCUGGUACCACCUUAAAGCAAUGCGAAGAUCUUCUCCUUGUGGAAGCUGUGUUGAGGGCUACCAAACAGUCUGGCACUCUGCAAAGGGAAGACCUAGAGGCAGCAAGAUUCCUCAUUUUCUGGACUGCCAAUGUUGUUCUACCGACUGAAGAUUUCACUAGCUCUUGGGAGAACGCGCAACUUGUCGAUGACACAAAGCCGUCCCAGCCGGAAACAUACAAGCUCAGUCGACUAAGGUCGAGUGUUGGGGUUUCAGUCUUAGCACUUCUCGAUUCGAUCAGUCCUAUCAGCAAUCUUGAAAGUGACGAUGGAAUUGAUGUCAUCACCUCCAUAGCCGCUUUCACUUGUAGGCUGGAUCCUUGGACAACGGAGCAGGCGUUUGAUGAUGCCUCAACUAUUCUUCAAAAUUAUGAGUCGUUUCUUCGCUCAAAUAGGAGAGAGGAGGAGCUGACUGCUGUUCUGGAAAAUAUUCUGAGAAAGAAAGUGAAACCACUGUUUUCGAAGACGAAAACGCCCGCGGUGACAGCCGCAGGAAGGAAGAAUGUCCACCCUAUUCCACAGCCCAGAUUUGACCCUAGUAUUUUUGACCCAGAGUCCAAGCCGUGGAAGUUUAGAUAUGUGUAUAUUAUUACGGUGCUUUCUUGGGUUAUUGAAAGAUAUUCGCCAUCCGACAAGUUCUCACUUGAAUCACAAUUCCCUCUCCUCGUCCCCGCAAUCCUAUCCCUGAUAGAUGAUGAAAACCUCUCUUUCAAGGCGAAGGGCUGCGAGCUUCUCUUGAAAUUCCUAUCCCCGCUUGAGCAGUCAAACUCUGACGUACUCCAGCGCACAAACCUGGAUUCUGUGUUCCAAGAAGCCCUUUACCCUUGCCUCCUUUCCAUUCCUACGAUCACUCCUGAGGCCGAAUCUAUCCACCUUCUUCAAUAUGCCUACCCAGCACUUUUUGCCGUCAUCCGCACCCGCUUCUCUUCACCCAAAGUUCCAUCUGCACCAACGCUACUGAGGCCGUACCAAACUAAAAUGAAGCACGACCCCGAUUCCCAAAAGCGUCUGGAAUCCCUUACUCGCCUUCUUCGCCACGGCAUCCUUCACUCUUACCAUCACACCAGCAACCCUCGUCCUAUAGAAAACACGUCCAUAUCCUCCUAUCCAUAUCCCCGCCUCUCGGCCCUCCUUCUCUCCCAGCUCCCACCGGCCCUCUCGGAACUAGGCAUCCACACCACCAAGCAUCUGCAAGAUCUUGUUCCGACGAUUUCGGCCGCAUUGUCAAACCCGUUUGGGACAGCAUUCCCUCCACUUCUUGCUGCGGCAGCUGAAGCGGCGAGAGCACUCGUGUUGAACGCGUGGCCGAGGGUUUGGAGGUGGAGGGCAGAGCUGCUAGGCGGGUUAUAUAUAGGUAUAAGUGCCAGUGGUGAUGGCGAUAGUGGUGGUGGCGGCGGACAGACGGUUGUUUUGUUGCAGUUACAGUGUGCGCUUAAGGUUGUAGUUGCAGUUUUAAGGAUUGCGAUCGAGGAGAAUGUGGUUGCGGCUGCAGAGGAGGGAGGUAAUGGAACAGGAGGACGGGAUGGAGACCAGGGGGGAAGGGAGGAAGAAACUAUAGAUGUAGAUCGCGAAUUUGGGAAGUUGGUUCAGGGAGAUGACAGGUUGCGUGAAUUGUUAAUUGGUAAUGAGUGUUUCGAUGCCCAAUAG